CCCUGUCAGGGGUACAGCAGAAUCUGAGGAGUUUGAAACCCGUCCUGAAGACGAUGAAAGCGAAUUAUAACAGCCUCCGGAGUCAGGUGAAAAACUUCGCCCAGUUUUACGAAGCAGCCAUUUCUGAGGCAAAGCGACAGAUCCAGGCAGAAAUCACCGUGGUAACAGCUUCCAACAAAAACCUGAUGGAAAAGUAUGAGAGGGAGAUGGUCCUCAGGAAGAAAUACCAUGACCAGCUGGUGGAGCUCCGAGGAAAUAUUCGGGUGUUGUGCCGAGUGAAGCCAGUGACUGGGUCUGACUGGGAGGAGGGGAGUGACCCCCCUGCGGUCUGGCUGGACCCCAGUGUGGACUGCAGGGUCAGGGUGAUGUACAAAGGCCGGGCAAGGAGCUUUGAACUCGACAAGGUGUUCCCAUUCCAGGCCACACAGGAGGAGGUCUUCGAAGAGAUCGAGCCCCUCAUCACUUCCUGUAUUGACGGUUACAAUGUCUGCAUCUUUGCCUACGGACAGACGGGAUCAGGAAAGACAUACACCAUGGAGGGGGUGGCAGAAGCUCCUGGCAUUAACCAACGGGCUCUACGCGUGCUCUUCCAGGAGACUGAUGCACGGAGUGCCUCCUGGAGAUACAGUAUCUCCAUUAGCAUGCUGGAAAUCUACAACGAACAACUCAGGUACACAGCGCAUUGCAAACUACUCCUCCACAUAACUGCAUCCUCUGGCACCUCGACAGAGCUGUGUCCCAGC